AUGACCAGAGAGUUGUUUACUAUGACAGCCAGAGCAGGAAGGCAGUGCCUGGGGUCCCAUGGAUGAAAGAUGCUGAGAAUUAUAUCCCUUAUCUAUGGAGAGGACAGACUUGGAGAGGACAGACUGCUGAACUGAAGUUCCUCAACGAUGUGGAGAACCUGCAAAAGCACUACAACCGAAGUGGAGGCUUCCACACUUGGCAGCUGACGUCUGGCUGUGAGGUUGGUGAAGAUGGCCCCAAAGGAGGCUAUUCCCAAUAUGGCUAUGAUGGGAAAGACUUCCUCAGCUUUGACAAGGAGACCCUCACCUGGACAGCGACGGAUGUUCCCGCACAGUUUACCAAGAGGAAGUGGGAGGUUGACUUGGCCUGGUCUCAACGCCUCAAGUUCUACCUGGAAAAGGAGUGCCCUGAGUGGCUGCCGAAAUUCUUGGAGUGCGGAAAGGAGGUUUUUCUGAGGAAAGAGCCUCCGGUGGUGAAAGUUACACGCAUGGCAGGUUAUGAUGGGCUGGAAACCCUGAUCUGCCAGGCCUACGGAUUCUAUCCCAGAGAGAUCGACGCCACCUGGAUCAAGGAUGGGGAGGUCUGGGAGCAGGAGACCUUCCGCAGGGAUGUCGUCCCCAACUCCGAUGGGACAUACUACGCCUGGCUCAGCAUCAAGGUUGACCCCAAGGAUAGGGACCACUUCCGGUGCCAUGUGGAACAUGAUGGACUUCCGGAGCCUCUGGACUUGGCCUGGGAGGAGCCUGCCUCAAAAGUAUCCUAUCUGUCGAUAAUCUUGGGGGUUGUUGGGGCUGUUCUUAUCGUGUUGAUGGUACCAUGGAUCACACGAUACAUCAGAAACCAGCGAGAGGGUGGCUCCAGAGCAACUUCAGGUGAGUGAUACCCUCUUUGAAAUGCUUCUCCAACUCAGAGCCACUCUCUGGGGUGGGACAGGGGGAGAACUGUGGUGCUCAGGUCUUAGACUGGUCCUCAAGCUGCA